AUGUUCCAGAUCCAGGGCCUUGCACAGAAGCUGGAUAUGGAGGAGAUGAAAUGGAAGGUGUGUGAGGAUGUGAUCUCCUCCAUAUGGAACUUCCUCAUCUACGUGGCCCUGCUGCAAAUCAUUCCUUUUAUCUUAAAGAAAUUGCACAGCAUAUGA